AUCCAGAAAACGAUAGGUCGUUUACUCCUUAAAAGUACACUACUUGUAGCUUUUCCUUCAGACAAAUCCCAUUCCAUCUCUCUCUCUCUCUCUGAAUGUUCACUCUUCAAUGGCCAUUCCAGUCCUAAAACACUUGCUCUUCUCAACCCACAAACACAAACCCAUCUCUUCACUCUCCUUCUCCUCUUCCUCUUCCCAACCGUCCGAUCAAUCUGCAACCUUAAUCUCAACCGUAGUUUCAAUCCUCACCCAACAACGUUCAAAGUCCCGUUGGGGCAACCUCCAAACUCUCUACCCCAAUGGCUUCCACCCAAAACAGUUUUCCCAAAUUGCCCUCCAACUCAAGAAUAAUCCCCACCUUGCCCUCCGCUUCUUCCUCUGGACUCAACACAAGUCUCUCUGCCACCACAACCUCCUCACAUACUCAACCACUAUCCACAUUCUGACCCGAGCCCGGCUCUUGACCCAAGCCCAUUCACUCAUUCGGACUGCCAUUCGGAUCCCCCAACAAUCCACCACCAACAACAACGACAACCUCGUACCUAAGCCAUUGAAGUUGUUCCAAAGCCUUGUCAUGACUUAUAGACUAUGUGGGUCAGCUCCGUUUGUGUUUGAUUUGUUGGUUAAAGCUUGUUUGGAGAUUAAGAAGAUUGACUCAGCUAUUGAGAUUGUUAGGAUGUUAAGGUCUCGUGGGAUUAGUCCAAAAGUUGGUACUUUGAAUGAUUUGGUUUAUUGGGUUUUGAAGGUCCGAGGUGGUUGUGUUGGGUACGAGGUUUAUAGGGAGGUUUUUGGGUUAGAGGGUGAUGGGGUUGUUGGAAAUGUGAAAAGGGUUUAUAAAGUUUGGCCAAAUGUGCAUACUUUUAAUGUUUUGAUGGGGGGGUUUUACCAGGAUGGCAUGGUUGAGAAGGUGGAGAUGAUUUGGAAUGAAAUGGUGGGGUUUGAUUGUCUUCCUAAUUGUUAUAGCUACAGCGUUUUGAUGGCGGUGUAUUGCGAGGAAGGGAGGAUGGGAGAGGCUGAGAAGUUGUGGGAGGAGAUGAGAGUUAAGGAAGUGGAGGCUGAUGUUGUGAGUUAUAAUACUAUGAUUGGUGGGUUUUGCAAGAUUGGAGAAGUUGAGAAAGCUGAGGAGUUGUAUAGAGAAAUGGGGUUGAAUGGUGUGGAAAGUAGUUGUGCUACUUAUGAGCAUCUUGUUAAUGGGUAUUGUAAUGUUGGGGAUGUGGAUUCAGCGUUGCUUGUGUAUAAGGAUAUGUGUAGGAAGGGUUUUAGGCCGGAGGCUUUGACGCUUGAUGUGGUGAUUGGAGGACUUUGUGUUAAGGGUAGGGUUUAUGAGGCUGUGGAGAUUCUUAGGGGUGGAGUGGAGAAUUUUGGCUUGGUGCCUAAGGGGAAGAGUUAUGAGACUCUAUUAAAGGGGUUGUGUGAGGAGGGGAGGAUGGAAGAAGCCUUGAAGAUCCAGGCAGAGAUGGUGGGGAAGGGUUUUGAGCCAAAUUUGGAAAUAUAUGGUGCUUUUAUUGAAGGGUAUGUUAGACAAGGAAAUGAGGAAAUGGUAGAAGUGUUGAGGAAUGAAGUUUUGGAUAAGAAAAUGCGGGAAAAAGAGAAGUAGAUGAUGUUUGUUUGCUGUAAAUGCAAGCAAAUCCAAAAAUUGAACAUAUAUGGCAAUUUCCCCUAAUUAGGGUGAGAAGGUUGCUGC